GCGACGCUCUCUGAGCACGAGCGCCGGGGUCGUGGCCGCGCACGUCGCGGCCGGUUUUUCAAGGCGGGGGCGCGGACGUGCGCGUCCCCGCGGAGUCUUUUGUGUGGCGGCGUAAGGGCAGCGCAAAUACAAUAACCAUGGCAGACGAGAAACCCAAGGAGGGAGUGAAAACUGAGAACAAUGACCACAUCAACCUGAAGGUGGCGGGACAGGACGGCUCAGUGGUGCAGUUUAAGAUUAAAAGGCACACGCCGCUCAGCAAACUCAUGAAGGCUUACUGCGAGAGACAGGGACUGACGAUGAGGCAAAUCCGAUUCCGGUUCGAUGGGCAGCCCAUUAAUGAGACAGACACACCUGCACAGUUGGAAAUGGAGGACGAAGACACAAUUGACGUUUUCCAGCAACAGACAGGAGGCUUCGUCUAAACGCAGAACCUUCACUGCCUUCUUCCUCUCUCUCUCUCUCUCUCUCUCUCUCUCUUUCUUUCUCUCUCUUCCCUCUUUUCCCUCACAGUUACUCCUGACUGCUGUUGUAUAGCGUGUUGAUGCUCUUCCACCUUUGCAGUUCCUGCUUUUUGUAUAUAAGUGAUUUUUUCAUUCACACGUUAAAGUGGCAGUGUGAACGCCGUGAGAUCAGAAGCCCAGAUUUUUUUUUUUUUCUUUGGCAAGAAGUGACCACAAAAGCUCCCACAAACAGCAGCCCGUGGUCCAGACCUUUCUGCUAAACCGUCAUUUGAGUAGAGCGAUUUUACUUUAAAGACAUUUUGACACCGAAAUUAAGGCGAGACGGUUUUCGUCUCAUGUCCUCAAAAGACAUAAAAAAAAAAUCACUUUGUAUGAAAUGAACACUUGAUGAAGUUAUACUCUGUAAUACAGGACAAGUCUGUAAUUUUUAUUAUUUUAGCUGCUUUUAUUUCUGUUAUCUUCUUUCAGACAAAUUGUUUUUUUUUUAUUGUUAUUAAUUGGCAGUAGACGUGUAAAGUGAAACAAGCCCCGGAUUCAGUAGGUGAAUUGUGAAUAAUAAUAAUAAUAAGUCCUGAUAUUUCUGUCAAGUUAAGCAUCUGUAUUGUCUAAUAAAUCAUUUGUUAAAAUAAAGAAAAACUCUUUUUACCUCA